GCGUCAAGCUGACACCAUGGUGCUAAAGUCAUCAGUUGAUGAUGAUGAGGCUGGUUGGGGACUAGGCAUCCCAGAGAAGAUGAAGAAUAAUGCCAACUGGGUUGAUAUUACAGCUGAUUUCAAAGGGGCUUGCAGAGAGCUGAACCUUGGGGAGUUGCUUCAUGACAAACUAUUUGGUCUGUUUGAGGCCAUGUCAGCCAUUGAGAUGAUGGAUCCGAAAAUGGAUGCUGGAAUGAUUGGGAACCAGGUCAACAGGAAGGUGCUCAACUUUGAACAGGCUGUCAAGGAUGGUGCCAUUAAGGUGAAGGACCUGAGUCUCCCAGAACUGAUAGGGAUCAUCGACACCUGUUUCUGCUGCUUGAUCACAUGGUUGGAAGGUCACUCCCUGGCCCAGACGGUGUUCACUUGUCUUUACGUCCACAACCCAGACCUCAUUGAAGAUCCAGCCCUGAAAGCCUUUGCCCUGGGCAUCCUCAAGGUGUGCGAUAUCGCCCGUGAGAAGGUCAACAAAGCUGCUGUGUUUGAAGAGGAGGACUUUCAGGCCAUGACGUAUGGCUUCAAAAUGGCAAACAAUGUUACAGACCUGCGCGUUACAGGUAUGCUGAAGGAUGUAGAGGAUGAGCUGCAGAGGAAAGUGAAGAGCACGCGUAGUCGACAGGGUGAGCAACGCAACCCAGAGGUAGAGUUCGAGCACCAGCAGUGUUUGGCACUUUUCAACAGAAUCAAGUUCACACGCCUUCUACUGACCGCACUGAUUGCCUUCACAAAGAAAGAGACCAGCUCAGUCGGUGAAGCCCAAAAGCUGAUGGCUCAGGCAGCUGACCUGUUAUCAGCCAUCCACUCCAGUAUUCAUUACGGCAUCCAGUCUCAGAAUGACACCAGUAAAGGAGACCACCCCAUCAUGAUGGGCUUUGAGCCCCUGGUUAACCAGAGACUACUGCCCCCAACCUUCCCUCGCUACGCCAAGAUCAUCAAGCGGGAAGAUAUGGUGGCCUACUUUAGCAAGCUCAUCGAACGUAUCAAGACCGUCUGUGAUGUCAUCAACACCACUAAUCUACAUGGCAUACUGGACUUCUUCUGUGAGUUCAGUGAGCAGUCUCCCUGUGUCCUCUCCAGAUCUCUGCUACAGACAACCUUUCUGAUCGAUAAUAAAAAGGUGUUUGGGACGCACCUGAUGCAGGACAUGAUUAAAGAUGCUCUCAGAUACUUCGUCAGCCCACCUGUCCUCUCCUUCAAGUGCUGCCUGUCCAACAACCACCAAGCCAAGGACUACAUUGACUCCUUUGUCACGCACUGUUCAAGGCCAUUCUGCAGUCUGAUCCAGAUCCAUGGACACAACCGAGCGCGGCAGAGAGACAAGCUGGGACACAUCCUUGAGGAGUUUGCUACUCUUCAGGAUGAGGCAGAGAAGGUGGAUGCGGCACUGCACAGCCUGCUGAUGAAGCUGGAACCUCAGAGACAACAUCUGGCCUGCCUGGGCACCUGGAUCCUCUACCACAACUUAAGGAUCAUGAUCCAGUACCUGCUAAGUGGCUUUGAACUUGAGUUGUACAGCAUGCAUGAGUACUACUACAUCUACUGGUAUCUGUCAGAGUUCCUGUAUGCAUGGCUUAUGUCCACCCUGAGCAGAGCAGACUCCUCACAGAUAGCAGAGGAGAGGAUUCUGGAGGAGCUGCUAAAAGGACGCAGCAGCAAGAAGACCAAGAAGAAGAAGAAAGUCCGCCCUCUUAGCAAGGAGAUAACCAUGAGUCAAGCCUACCAGAACAUGUGCGCUGGCAUGUACAAGACAAUGGUAGCAUUAGAUAUGGAUGGAAAGGUGCGUAAGCCUCAGUUUGAGUUGGACAGCGAGCAAGUUCGUUAUGAGCAUCGCUUCGCCCCCUUCAACAGUGUGGUCACUCCUCCGCCUGUACACUACAUCCAAUUCAAGGAGAUGUCAGACCUGAAGAAGUACAAUCCCCCACCAGGCUCUGCAGACCUCUACCUAGCAGCCAGCAAACAUUUUCAGCAGGCGAAGCUCAUCUUGGAGAAUGUGCCCAGCCCAGACCCCGAGGUGAAUCGGAUCCUGAAAGUAGCCAAGCCCAAUAUUGUUGUGAUGAAACUACUGGCUGGAGGACACAAAAAGGACACUAAGGUACUCCCAGAGUUCGACUUCUCGGCUCACAAAUACUUCCCUGUGGUCAAAAUCAUCUGAUUCUGUGGUACAUCGCAGGCUGACUUGGCUAUUAAAUACCCAAUAACUGUAAAAAGCUGCCCUUCCCUCACCUGAGAAAAAAUGUGAUGUCCUUGAUCUUAUCCUCGUUCCAACAAAGGUGUGAUGUGCUGGACUCAAGCAUCAGCCAAAGGAGGUAUUAAAACACCCCUUCCUUGCCAGAAUAAAAGUGUGGCAUAUGAACCCAGACAAGAGAACCUGAAAACUGGACCUAACCUUUGUGACAAUAUUUACAUCUACAUUUGUAAAAGUGCGUUUGUGUGUCUGUACGCAUGCAAAGGUAAAUUAAAGAUUCCAGCGAAUGGCCUGUUGUGCAAGAAGGAAGUGUAAUGAACUGGUCAGAGGAAGAUGUUGUCAAGUAUGUCCAAAACUACUCUUAAGUGAUACACCUGUGUUGUAGUUUUAGAUUAUCUAAGGGACAGUAUAAUGCGUGUAAAUAGAUAACACAUAUUACCCUUUUGUAUGUACAUGUUUAUGCCCUGGAUUGGAAUAUAGUCUGAAAAACAUAUUCCUUUCCUAAAGCGCUUGUCCAUGGGCCAAUUAAGUCUUCAUUUUGCAUUUUUUAUUCACCUGUGUUUGGCCUUAUAUUGAAAAUAAGGCCUUUUCCUCAUUCCUCAAAUGACAUUUCAGAGUUGCAUCCAACAGCAGUGUUAGAGGUUUCUCUGCCCAGGUCAGGCACACGCUAUCUUUAGGAUGAGCAUCUGCACACAACUUCUAAAGCCAGCAACCUCAAAGGACUGAAAAACAACUACCCUCAUAUCUCCUGGACAAAAUAACUACUUGCCUUGACUGCGAUAUUUUAAGUUUUUUGUCAUUCGGCACCUAAAUA